UCAUGUGACAAGCGGACCGACGAACAAGCAGGAAGAACGCAGCAGCAGGUUCAGGAUGUCAGCGGUCCUCCUGUGUCUCCUCCUGGCUGGUCCAGUGCUGCUCGCUGCCUCCAGGCCUUAUGAUGACUCCAACAACGGGACUGUUCCCCUGGUGCUGUGGCACGGGAUGGGUGACAGCUGCUGCAACCCGCUCAGCAUGGGGGCGAUAAAGAAGAUGAUCGAGGAGGAGAUCUCCGGCAUUUAUGUUCUGUCGCUGAUGAUCGGGAAGAACGUGGUGCAGGACACGGAAAAUGGGUUUUUCAUGGACGUGAACGAGCAGGUGUCGAUGGUGUGCAGUCAGCUGGCUCAGGAUCCCAAACUGAAGGGCGGAUACAACGCUAUGGGCUUCUCUCAGGGGGCGCAGUUCCUGAGAGCUGUGGCUCAGCGCUGUCCCUCCCCACCAAUGAAAACCCUGAUCUCCGUCGGCGGCCAGCACCAAGGUGUGUACGGGCUGCCCAGGUGUCCCGGUGAGACCUCCCACAUCUGCGACUUCAUCCGUAAAGCCCUGAACAGCGGCGCGUACUCCGACAUGGUUCAGAAACACCUGGUCCAGGCCCAGUACUGGCACGACCCGCUGAACGACGACCUGUACAAGAAGCACAGCCUGUUUCUGGCCGACGUCAACCAGGAGAGGGUUGUGAAUGAGACGUACAAGAAGAACCUUCAGCUGCUGGACAAGUUCGUCAUGGUCAAGUUCCUGCAGGACUCUGUGGUGGAUCCUGUCGACUCCGAGUGGUUCGGCUUCCUGAAGACCGGCCAGGCCAAAGAGACGGAGACUCUGCAGGAGAGCGUUCUCUACAAAGAGGACCGGCUGGGCCUGGCAGCGAUGGACAAAGCUGGAAAGCUGGUUUUUCUGGCCACUGAGGGCGACCACCUGCAGUUUACCAGAGAGUGGUUCACUGCCAACCUGCUGCCGUACUUACGCUAGAACACGUCUGCAUGCUGAUGGAUCACUUCAACAUCAUACGUUUUUGUAGCUGCUGUUGAUUGGAGGUUGUGGGUAAACUGGAGCAGACUUAACACGAUUCACUCCAUUUGCACUGAUCACUUCUUUACCGUCGAUUCUUGUUUUGUGAUGCCGUAUUAACGUUAGCAGGUUGUCUGUCUGUUAGCUACUACCACUGAGCUGUUAAUGUCAUUUUAAAUGUGAGCUGCUCUGAUGAGGUCAGUUGGUUUUUAAAGGGUUUUAGAAUCACUAAAAGGCCGUUUAAAUAUAAAUCGUUUAACUGUAAAAUGAUGCUUCUGUACAUAUUGUGCAUUUCAUCCAAUAAAGACACCAACAUACAGAUCUUA